CCCGGUGCCGCGGGUAGAGGGAGGGAGGAAGGCGGGGAGGGAGAACGGUGCCCGUCCGCCAUGUCCGCGCUGCCUGCGCGGGGGCGGCGGAGUGCGCUGCGUGCGUACGAGCCGGAGGAGCCGGAGCGCAAACGACUAUGCAAGCCCUUAGAACCCCUUCCAAACCAGGCUGGUGCUCUCCUCAUCGACUGUGCUGUGGAGGUGGACUCAAACCAGAAAAUCUCUGCUUGCUGUGGUCCCUGGGCUGCAAAGCCUAAGCAAAACUCAGUGAGCUUUGAAAACCAGGGGAGCAGAGGUACUGCCCAGCCUUGCCCAAGAUGUAUGGCUGGAGAAUCUGGACACUUCAAUCAUAUCUUGGGCUUUUAGGAGUGGAAAAGUGAUGGAUCAGCAGAACAGCUCUCCUGGUUAGACUCUGAAGACUCAUCUCUGAGCCCCGUGCAACUGGCUAUCUGCACCUCACUCACAGCCUGCAUCCAAGUGUAUCUACCACAGCUUGCUCUGGUGUCACUCUUCUAGGGCACAGUUCUGGAUGUGGCUGGUUCUACACUUGAAACAGUGCUUCUGCUUUUAAGAGAGCUCAGAACACAUUUGGUUUUUAAAGCUGAUUGAAUUUUAUAGUCUGGCCUUUGGCCCAGUCUUCACUUUGGACUGGGGCCAAAGGUCAUGUUGAUACAAGAGGUUUCCUUCUCACUCUUGGGGCACUUUGUCUGAUACUCUUGGAGAGCAUCCUUGCAUUGAUACGGGUCUGGGGCCUGCAGUUUUCACUCAGCCCUACUUUUGCAGGCAGAAAUGAAAGGACAUGAGUAUCUUCAUUUUUAGAUGGCCCUCCAGCUUUGCAGCUAUGAAAGCCAGCGAGGAAUCACAUCUUGUGAAGUGCAGCUGAGGGACCUGGGGUUGUUCAGCCCAGGAUAAAGGAGGCCAAGGGGAGACCUUCUGGCUCUCUACAGCUCCCUGAAAGAGGUUAGAGCUAGAUGGGGGUUGGUCUCUUCUCACAAGGAACAAGUGACAGAUGAGAGGAAAUGACCUCUGAUUGCACCAGGGGUGGUUCAGAUUGGACACGAGGAACAAUUUCUUCCCCCAAAGGAUUGUCAAGGCCUGGCGCAUUAGGGUCAGAGGGACAUGGUUUAGCAGAGGAUUUGGCUGUUCUGUGUUAAUGGUUGGACUUAGACCUUAAAGUUUCUUUCCAGCUUAAACAAUUCUGUGAGUCUAAGAUACCAAGUUGUUCAGUUUGGGUGCAGCACUUCAGUGUGGGCUCUAGUUUGGGCACAAAGCUCCUGGAAGAUCGGAACUGUCAAUGUGUUAGCCUCUUUUUUUUUUAUGAGCCAGUUUAAAUUAAAUAAGAGCUCCAAAGUUAAAGCCACCAGAAUAUCAGGAAGGGAUGCUGAUUCAUAGAUUAAUUCACACAAUGGUUUGGGUUGGAAGGAACCUUAAAGAUCAUCCAGUUCCAACCCUUCUGCCUUGGGCAGGACACCUCCCACUAGACCAAGUUAUGCAACCUGGCCUUGUGUACCUCCAGGGAGGGAGAAUCCAUGACCUCCUUGGGCAACCUGUUGCAAUGUCUCACCAUCCUCACUGUAAAUGUGUGAUGCUGGUAGUAGGAUACAAUCAAACCCCACAGAGUCAUAAAAUCACUGAAUUGGUUUGGUUGGCAGAGAACUUUAAGAUCAUUGAGCCCAACCAUUCACAGUGUUGCCAGGUCACCACUAAAACAUGUCCCUCAGCACCAUGUCUCCAGAGUUCUGAAACCCCUUCAGGGAUGGAGACUGGGAAGCCUGUUCCAGGCCUUGACAACCCAUCUGGGGAAGAAGUUGUUCCUCAUGUCCAUCCUAAACCUCCCCUGGGUUAGCUUGAGGCCUUUUCCUCCCAUCCUAUCACUUCUUAGGAGAAUUAAGCAGUAUUAAUGUAUUAAGCAGUAGUUAAGAAGCAGUUAUUAGUGUGAGUAGAAUUCAAGUGUGUGUCUGUGUGUGUACUCGCACUCAGUUUGUGCAGGGUAAGGAUACUACUAAUACUUGUCAAAAAGAGCAGCUCCCUCUUUUUUUUUUUCCUUGAGUUGGCUUAAAAUUAUUAAAAUCAUUUUUAAAACAAACCUUACAUGGAAAUACAUUAAAAAAAGUAAAGGAACCUGUGGGAGCUGCAGUUCAAGGUAGGAGGCAGAAGGGUGACAAGUAUGCACCUUUGUGGUGUAUCCUACAUUCCUCCUGGUUGCAGGAGCCCCCAGGUCCUAACAAAAACUUGGGAAAUCCUGACAAAACUUGAACAGAUUUUUAUAUUUUUCCUUACAUUCUGGGAACACCACUGAAGUAUUUUGGAUAAAGCAACAUUUCAGUUCUAUUCUGUGAAAUAUACCCAAAGUGGAACAACUGAUGUCGGUCACUCCAUGAGCCGAGGUUUACACAUCCACUCACUGCUGCAUCUCUAUGUCUGCUUUCUUAGUCUGACUCCUUGUAAACUCAUCAACUGACCUCUCCAUUUGAGCAGAAGCAUAUCAAGCUGUGUAGAAACAUCAUAACCCUAAAUUUAUUCCCAAUCAAGAAGACAGACACUUGCAGAUAAACUUUAAAGUGAUUCUUUCAGCUAGGAUGUGAUGCCUUACUCCGUGCCAGGGCAAGGAAUGCCAUCAAGAAAUCUACCACUGUAAAAACAAAUUAUGCUUUAAUAAUUUCAUAUAUUGAAGGUUUAUAAUAGUGAUAUUUUUUAAAGUAGAUUUCCUGUUUCUGAUGUGUUUUGGAGUGCUAAAGCUGUUGUGAUAAGUGCAGAUAAAUGUUGGCCAGGGUGGGAGAGGUGAAUAUUUUAUUUUAAAGCAGAUUUGUGUCAAAUCUGCAAAAGAAUCACAAAAUUAUUUUUGUAAGCCUUUUUUUUUUUCCUUAAGGGAUGAAUUUUGAUUUACUGAGACAAAUUCUAUACUCUUUAUAUUUCCUAAUGCAGUAGUUUAUACACAAAACAACUCAAGUGAUACUUUAUGCACCUGUACAUAAUGAAACAGACACAUGGUCUGCUUUGCAUUCUGGUUAGAGUGAUGGAAUUGAAUAUUUUUUAACUCUGGACUUUUGUAACUUGUUCCUUAAGAAAAGCAGAAGCAUUAAAACACCACUUUGGCUACA